AUGGCAGAGCGAGACUUUACCCUAGAAGACAAAACAAAUUCCCCCACAAAGGACCCCCAGCAGCGGCUGGCCAGGAGUCUGCAUCUUCCUGGCUUCUGUGUCUCGUCCUUUUCCUGGCGGGGAGCUGGCCUCCCUCUGAGGGCCGAAGGUGGAUGUUUGAUGGAGAUGGGCAAGACUGUCUUUGAAUUCCUGACUAACUCCGUGGCAUUGCUUAGCCAGUUGCUGGACUGGCUUCACCUCUGCCCAUGUGCCACUGGGCCAUCACUCCAGGAGCUCACAGAUUUUCAAAGAACUACUGGUAUCCAGAAGAGGGUCCACCACCAGCCCAUCUGGCAGAGGCCAGAUCCGUUACAACACUUGGGCACUGCCUACUCCCAAGCCCUCUGGGGCAUGUUUCUGCUGCUGCUAGAAGCACCACCACGCCCAGCCUGUGAAGGACAGACGCUGGACCUGCACCUUCGCACUAGGUGGCAUCCUCCAGCCCUGUGGAAGGGGGAUACAGGACUGGCAGCAUCCCUACGGAAUGUUUUCUGUGGCAAGGGCUUCAGCUGGCACUCCCACCUGGUGACCCACAGGCUCACGCACACAGUCAAGAAGUCCUACGCCUGCACUGGCUGUGGCAAGCUUGGCGGCAGCUCGCACCUUUUCCGGCACCAGAUCAUGCCCCCGGGCGAGAAUCCCUCCACCUGCCCCUCCUGCUGGAAGAGCUUCAGCCAGCACAACACCCUGAUCCAGCACGAGGGCAUCCACACGGGCCAGAAGUCCUAUGUGUGCCAUCGCUGUGCCAAGUGCUUCACCCGCCACUUGGACCUGGUCACCCACCAGGGCACCCCCACAGGCGCCAAGCCCCAUAAGCGCCCCAUCUGCAGCCGGUGCUUCAUGCAGAGCUCGGCCCUGGUCACCCACCGGUGCGCCCACACUGGGGUCAAGCCCUACAUGUGCCCCGAGUGCGGCAAGUGCUUCAGCCAGCACUCCAACCUCGUCACCCACAAUUGCACGUACACGGGCCACAAGCCCUACCACUACCUCGACUGUGGCAAGAGCUUCAGCCACAGCUCACACCUCACCGCCCACCAGCGCAUCCACCACUGCGUCCAGCCCUCCUCCUGCCCUUCGGCCCACUGGAGCUUCGGCCAGUGCUCCAACCUGCACCGGCACGAGAAGAUCCACACCACGGGGCUCAAGGCCCUGGCCAUGCUGAUGCUGGGCGUGGUGGGGACUCUGGUGGCACCCCUGCCUGCUCCCACUUAG